GGAAUUCCUUAUCAAUGGCUAACUAUAGCUAACUUCACUCACGUGAAAAGUUACGUACUUUAAAUAUUAUUUUCUUUGUUUUAUAAAAAAUUGUUUCCAUUUCAUUUUUAUUUUUUAAAUAGUUAGUACAUCGAUUGUUGAAGUCUUUAUAGUAAUUAUGGAAAACGAUUGGUACCCAAGCUUUGUUGAGUAAAUAUUUCAUUUAAGUACAGUUGUUACUUGUAUUAGUUAAAAUGCCAGAUUCAUGGGGAAGUUUCAUGAACAAACCAGCAAGAGGUUGGUUACAUCCAGACAAUGUCAUUACGAGAAGUAGUGUUUGCUACGAAGUUCGAUAUAUUGGCUGCUUGGAAGUACUGACAUCUAUGAAAAGUUUGGAUUUUGAUACACGAUUUUUAGUAGCCAAGGAAUGUAUAAAUAAAGUUUGUGAAGCAGCUGGAUUAAAAACUGCUGACAAAAAACGAAAAGUGGAUAAAAAAAUUAUAAGACUUAUUGGUGAUCAUUCAAUUAUGGAUCAUGCAGGAUCAAAUGUUACGUUAUCCAUAUCUAGCACAUGUUUGACAUUAAAACUUAGGGAUUCACAUGUAGUAAUUUCUACACAUGAUAUGCCUAGGAUAUCUUUUGCAUCGGGUGGUGAUGCUGACACAAUAGACUUUGUUGCAUUUGUAGCAAAAGACAUAAAAGACUGGCGUGCAUGUUAUGUGCUGGAAUGUGGAGAAGGCGAAUUAGCACAAGAUGUUAUUACAACUAUUGGCCAAGCCUUUGAUUUACGUUUUAAACAAUUUUUAACAAAACCUGCACCAGUUUUAAGCUCAAGCACACGAGAUGAGCGAGAAUAUUAUAAUGAUCUACCAGGAAAGUCUCCUCCAGAAACUGGUCCACCACCUGUUCCACCACUUCCUUCGUACCAUGAUCAUCGUAAUAGAGAAAGACUAGUUUCAAAUAAUUUAAUAGAUUUGAAUUGCGAAGCACCUCCACCACCUGUACCACAUCCUGCUCAUAACUAUGUUAAUGAUUUUGUAGUUGGAAAUAAAAACCACAAUUCACAACCUCGUGAUGUAUUUGACAUGCAACCUUUUGUGGAUCAUGAACCACUGCCGGUAAUGGUACCAAAAUUACAAGAUGAAAUUUGGUUUCAUGGUAGUAUUACAAGACAGCACGCUGAAGCAUUACUAAAACAUGAUGGUGACUUCCUAGUAAGAGAAUCACAAGGAUCUCCUGGACAAUAUGUAUUAACAGGUCUUCAAGGUGAUGUAAAGAAACACUUACUUUUAAUUGAUCCAGAAGGUGCAGUUAGAACUAAAGACCGUAUGUUUGAAAGUGUCAGUCAUUUGGUAAACUAUCAUAGUGAAAACAAAUUGCCUAUUAUGUCAGCUGAAAGUGCACUCAUUUUGAGAUAUCCAGUACCACGAACUAGAUUUUGAUAGCUUUAUUUUACCUAACCCAUUCCAACUAUAAAACACUUAUUUACAAAUAAUACAUUUGGGUGUUUAAGUACUAAAUAAUAUUUAUAAAUUGAAUGAUAUAAAUUAUAAUGAUGUUCCAAUAGUAUAUGUACUAUGUAUUAAUUAAUUUGUACACAUUAACCAGUGGUGUUUUUCAGUUUUUAUUUACCCAAAUUCUUCAUUAUUGAAUUUUGUGAAUGAGUGAAAUUUAGUUUUAUAAUAUUAUUAUAUCACAACAAUAUUUUAAAUCACCUUUAAAAAUGUAAUUUGUGAUGUUCUGUUUUAUUGAUUUUAAAUACAAAUACAUUUUUAACCAUACAAAUUGUAUAAUGAUAAAUCAUAUUUAUAAUUGAUAUACUUUUUUUUUACUUAUUAUUAAAAGGCUAAAAAACAACUAUAAACUAUAAAAUAGUGUUAACAUUAAUUAUAAAUACACAUGUGUAUUGAUGUGUCAACGGCAUUAAACACUCAAAUUUUUCUACAAACUGCUGGUAUAAUGUAUUUAUUAUUUAAACUUGUAAUUAGGCCAUUACAUAUGUAUUCAUUUUUACUCAAUUGAAUAUAUUUUUAGGUCUACAAAUUUAAAAUGUAUGUUAUUUUUAAAGAGUAAUGCCACAGGAGUGUUAUUUAUACAUAAAUAGUCCAUCAUUUAAUCAAUUAGUCAUACAUUAGGAUGUUAUUUUUAAAGAUUGUUAGUUUUAUCUUUUCUGUAAAUAUCAAUUUAUUUUAACACAUUUAUAUGAGUGUAGUUUCAUUUGUUUAUAUUUAAUUAAAAACAAUUAAUUAUUUUGUUUUGUUACCAAUUAGUUAUAAUUAUAUAGAUGUAGUUAAUUAUUUGUCUUGUAUUUUAAUACCUAUUAAUAGAUAAUCAAAAUAAAAUAAAUAACGAGUUUAA